UCGAAACGAAAGGUGCUCAGUAGAGCCCUGGUACAGAGUCAGAACUCAGAAAAUGGUCAUCUUAAAGUUUUGUGAGCAAAGAGCAGGAGGUGGGCGUGGGGUCAGAGCAAGGAGCAGUGUGCUUCAGAGGACAGAUGAGCUGGGACUAGGUCCUUUAGGGCAUUACCCUCGACUUGUUUUCUCCCGGCCGUUUGCGGGGCAAGUUUAGGAAGCAGGAAGGAAGAGUCGUUGACCAUGAUCACAAAUUUGGCCUAGUGGCUUCUAAUCAGGAGAACGAGCUCGGUCUGUGUAGUGGCAGUCGUUCAGAGUCUUUGUGGGGAGGAGAAUGUGGAGCGUUCGUAACGCCGAGCUUUCAAAGUAGGAACUUCACCCUAUAAAGCAGAAGAGCAUUUUUUUUUAUUCUUUUGUGGUUUCACAUAGCAAAUGUGUGACAAUCUCUACUUAUAGACCAAGUGACAUGCCAGGCAUCGAGGAGUGAGCGCGGCCUGGAUUUCUUUUGCGUCUCCAUCAGCCUUUUAUUUUACUCUCAUCGCGCUUUCCAGAAAGUUUGUCUGCUGGGAGAAUCGUUUUGACAAUUUCCCCUGUUGUCAGCUCCAUAGAAUCCAGUUUCUGAGAAGCGGCCAGAGGCAUGCAGUGACAUUGCAUAAUCCUCCUGUGAAGCCGGAGAUAUCAGGCGGAGAGCUCACGGGAGCCGGUUCACACCAAGAUGAAAGGAGCAGGCGUCAUGGAUGGUGCGCCCAAGACACUCUUGGCCAGAGCACUUUACGACAACCACCCAGAUUGUUCCUAUGAGCUGGCUUUCUGCAGAGGAGACAUCUUGACCAUCCUGGAACAAGACGUGCCAGAAAGCGAGGGCUGGUGGAAGUGUUUGCUCCACGGGAGGCAAGGUCUGGCUCCUGCCAACCGCCUCCAAAUCCUCCCUGAGGCCCCUGCAGACAGGCCCUGUCCCCCUUUCCUGAGAGGCCUGGAAGAAGGUCUCGCCAGCUCCAAGGAGACCUACCAGGUGCCCACCCUGCUCAAGCCCCUGACUCCAGGCCCCGUGUACGAGCACAUGAAGAGUUGGGUGGAGGGGCCUCCACCUGCCACCGCCGAAAUCUACGAAUUCCCCGACCCACCUGCCAGUGCCAGAAUCAUCUGUGAAAAGACUCUAACCUUUCCAAAACAGGCCCUCUUCACGAUUCCCAGACCAGCUCGGGCCUCAUUGCCAACCCUGCCUUCCCAGGUGUAUGACGUGCCGGCCCAGAGCCGGGGCCCCCCAGCUCUGAAGGAGCCAGAGAAGCAGCAGUUAUAUGAUAUACCCGCCAGCCCCAAAAGGGCAGCACUUGGCUCCAUGACCAGCCCACCAGGUAGGCAGAGCGCUGCCGCGAUGUCGGCGAUCGCCACGAGGCAAGGCAGCUACAGCACGUUGCCGAGCCCCCAGAAGUCGGAAUGGAUCUAUGACACGCCAGUGUCUCCAGAAAAAGCUGAUGGCAGAAAUGCAUCUCUAGGCAGCUUUGUGGAAGAAUCAGAGCCCCACACUCCCCCCAGGUAUAUGUCCAGCUUCCAGAAUCCUCCAAAUAGCAGAGCAAGGUCCCUCAAUCCACACCUGCAUAAAAACGUGCCCAUGCAGAAAAAACUCAGCCUUCCAGAAAUUCCUUGCUACAAAUUUCUGGCUCCCAGGGACACGAUCCCCUUGGACGAGAGUGCAGGCUACAAGGUCCCUUCGAGCUUUCUGAUUCCCCGGGUGGAACAGCAGAACACCAAGCCAAACAUUUAUGACACCCCGAAAGUGGUGGCCGGGGGCCGACGGGCCGCGACCGAGCUGGGGACAGUGAACGGGCCUUCGGAGAACACGGACUGCAAAUCCGCGUGGCCCUCAGGACAGGCACCAUCGCUGUCCCCGGACCCCGACAGGCUGUCCGUUUCCAGCUGUGACAGCAGAGCCAGCGUUGUGUCCUCGUGCUCAUCCACGUCCACGGACUCCUCGUCCAGCUCCUGCUCGGAGGACUCAGGCAAGGAGCUCUCGUUGGACCCAGACCUGGCCAGGGAGACGGUAGCGGCACUUCAGCAGCAGGUGGCCGGCUCGGUCGCCGGCCUGAUGCUCUUUGUCAGCAGGAAGUGGAGGUUCCGAGACUACCUGGAGGCCAACCUCGGCGCCAUCCGCACGGCUGCCCACCGCGUGGAGGAGUCUCUGAGAGCAUUCCUGGAGUUCGCCCGCGGCGUCCAGGGGAGCGCCUGUAACCUCAGCGACACCACCCUGCAGGCCAGGAUCCGGGACCAGCUACAGACCAUCUCCAACUCCUACCAGAUCCUGCUCGGGACAAAGGAAAGCCUGGACAGCUGCAACUGGUCUCUGGAAGUCCUUGUGACCGACAAGGUCCAAAACAACCCGGAUGACCUCGAGCGCUUUGUCAUGGUGGCACGGAUGGUUCCAGAAGACAUCAAGAGGUUUGCCUCCAUCGUCAUUGCCAAUGGGAAGCUCCUUUUCAAGCAGAACUGCGAGAAGGAAGAUACCUUGCCCAUGACCCCCCAUGCACCAUUGAAGCUUGCAAAAUGCCUCCAGCUUCCCCAAAGGGAGAUUGAAUCAUAUCAGAGCAGCGUUCCUGUUCACAAACAAAAGGAAAGUGUACACUCCCCAGAGCUACUGAAGAAAAACGGGACAAUUAUCCGCGAACCGAAGUUGCCUAACCUAGAAAAGACAGAAAAAUCCAUCUCAGAAGGAAGGUUGGAUGAAAACAAAAACUUUGAAGCACAGAAUCCGAGCUCCCUCUCCUUGAGUCAGCAGAAUCCUGAGAAGAGAUUCCACCUCUCUGAACACUGCCGCCUCUACUUCGGGGCGCUCUUCAAAGCCAUCGGCGUGUUUAACAGCACCCUCAGCAACAGCCAGCCCCCCGAGAUCUUCAUCACGCAGAGCAAGCUGGUCAUCAUGGUGGGCCAGAAGCUGGUGGACACGCUGUGCAAGGAGACCCAGGAGAGGGACGUGCGCAACGAGAUCCUCUGCGGCAGCAGUCACCUCUGCAGCCUGCUCAAGAACCUUGCCCUGGCCACCAAGCAUGCCGUGCUCAAGUACCCCAGCCCUGCAGCCCUGGGGCAUCUCCAGGCAGAGGCCCAGAAGCUGGAGCAACACACUCGCCAAUUCAGAGGGAUGUUGGAAUGAGCCUCCUUCUCUCUCUUUCUCCCUGCUGAGCCCCCAGCCCCAACCUGUGCCUAUGGGAAAAGCCAGCCGGGGAGGGUGCAGUGAUGAAGCUGGUAUUACCAAGUGGCUAAACAACCCCAGGACAUUGACUUAUCCCAUGGACAGCCAGGUAGUAAAUAAGGACCUUGCUAAGGUUUUAGCAUGGCAUGUGGGGUCAGUGUAUGAAGUGACGUUGUAGAAACCAGUGUUACAUUGGUUGAAUGUAUACCUGUUUUAAAUUCAUUCAUUCUAUGCUUAUUUAUUGGGCACCUACUAUGUGUCAGGUUCUAGGUGGUGGGCAUAUAGUAGGGAAUUAGAGGCCUUGCCUUCAGGAAGCUUACAAUCUAGUGGAGAGACAGAAGAUAAGUGAUGAAGAAUUACAUGCACGAUAUGUCAGGUGCUAGGAAGACAGUAAAGGAGGAAAGACUUAUUUUCAAAUGAUGAAUUUCUGUUGCAUCCGUUAGCAAAUGUAAGUUUUUUAUUUUGGACUUAAUUAAUUCUGUAAGAUUUGGUACAAAUUAUGUAUCUGCAUCUUACACUAUAUAUAUAGAAUAUAUAUAUCCUAUUCUAUAUACAUAUAGAAUAGGAUAUAUAUAUUCUAUUUUAUCUUAACCAAGUUAAAGAUUCAUGCUAUAUUUAAAACAUAACAUGUUCUGUUGGGUUCCUCAUUAAUUUAUUUUGUAUAUAAUAGUCUAUGUUGAUAAAUUCAGUAUGUUUACUCGUAAAAGGCUUGUAGUUCAACAGUCUCAGAUCUGUGACCUUUUAUAACGUUAUGUAAAUAUAAUCAUGAAUCGAAA